GUUGAAGGACAGCUGGGAAACCGGAAACGGAAGAUGGCAACCUCCGAGACGAGAGAAGGUGAUGUGGAUAGGGAGAUUCCGAAUGUCGUUCUGAUUCUGCAUUUCUUUCGUCGGCGGGAGAAUUUGGUCCGACGCUGUGCGUAGGGGCAAAUCGACGAGGGUAAUGAGGUCCACGCGUAUGGAGGUAGUAGCUAUAGCAUCAUCGACCAUGGUGUUAAUGGAAACAAGACGAACUUAGCUCCGAUCAGGCAAACAAGUUAUAACUCUCGAAUUUCCCCGCGACGUUGUAAAGUCUCCACCUUCCCCCCACCGCGGCUGCAAAAGACAAUAGUUAAAAGGCAGCGAUGGAUUCAUCAGAGAUGAGGUACUUGGAGGAUGAUGACACUCCAAAGAUGAAAGUUGUAAAGGGUGCAACCACAGGAUUGGUUACUGGGACUAUUUUCGGUACCAUUGUCGCCACUUGGCAUGAUGUGCCUCGUGUGGAGAAGCACGUCGCACUUCCAGGGCUAAUAAGGACUCUGAAGAUGAUGGGAAAUUAUGGGAUGACCUUUGCUGCCAUUGGUGGUGUUUACAUUGGUAUUGAGCAGCUUCUACAGCAUCAAAGAAUGAAGAGAGAUUUCGUUAAUGGAGCUGUUGGUGGUUUUGUUGCUGGGGCUUCAGUCCUAGGCUUUAAAGCAAGGAGCAUCCCAACGGCUAUUUCUGCUGGAGCAGCUCUCGCCGUUACCUCAUCGCUCAUCGAUGCUGGAGGCCAGACCACUAGAGUAGACAAUGGCAAGGAGUAUUACCCUUACACCACCAAGAAAAGAUCCACCGUCGAAGCAUGAUUUCUUCUCUUCAUCCAAUGGUCAAAUGCAGGGAUGAGCUCUGAGCAAAAUGUGGUUGAAAUUUUCUUUGGUUUCUUGCCGUCUGGUCUCAGAACGUGUAAUCAAUAACUCUUCUUGCUGUUCAUUUGGUUCUUCUUUGGGUUCAAUAAAUACUCUCUUAUGGAAUUUUGGUAAGAAACAUUCGUUCAGUUUAAGCUUUCAGUUUGAGACAGCUAAUGCUUCUGCGUUUAAUCGGAAUGAAUUUAACACAGAAAUAAC